UGCGUGACCACGGCUGCAACCUUAAGUAUCUAUAGGCAGACAGAUACUGUGAGGCUUAGUACUCUUUAAGCAACACACAAUGCGGGGUUUUGCAGUCUUUAUACUGAUUUUCUAUAUGAUCCAAUCCGAGCAUAGUUCAAAUGCUCGCCCAUUUAUUCUUUUUCAGAAUAUAAAAAAGAAUGUAUUUGAUAAAUAUACAAACUUCCUGAAAAAAGGAGUUUCAUUCCUCCAAACAACCUACGAAACAGGCAAAGGUACCCAGAAAAAUCGUGGUAGCGAAAAAGAAAAGCAAUUCUUAAACACACUUGUUAAACUGUGUGAAUCAGAAAUGGGAAGUCCAGAAAAUCGAGGUCUAGAUAUAACAGUUGGUGCUCAAAAUAUAAAAAAUUUGAAUACAAUAAAGAACAACAUAACCAUGCCUGAAAUUAAAAUGCCGGCAAUCACGGUGGUUAUUGUAAAGGACGCAAAGGAGCUGGCCAAAUAUCAAGAGAAAAAUAAAAAUACCAAUAACGCGACUAUUAUUAUUCAAAGCGCCAAACCUAAAGCAGCGCCCAGAACAGCGAAAAAAAUUAGUCCGGACGUUAAAAAAUGUGUACUGAUGAAAGUCGAAGACUUGAAAGUAAUCAAAACCUAAUCGAAAACUGUAUGUAAAAACAUUAUGUUAAAUAAAAACAUUUAAAAUGAUUUACUAUUGAACAAUAGUUGAAAAA